UCGUUCCUCGGGGCCGGGAGUCACAAUAACGUUUGCAAAUGGGCACCUUCGCGCGGCUCCCCUGGAGAAAACCUUCCCGCCUCACUCCCGCCCGCCCAGUCCCAGCCAGGGAUUGACUUGAAGUUCCAGCCAGGAUUUUUAAGUCUUCUCUUCAGGAGGAGGAGGAGGAGGAGGAGGAGUGGUGUCGGCUUGAGGGGGCAGAACCAAGGGGGCCGCAGGGCAGGAUUUGCUGCUUGGUUGCCGAGUGCUUUGCCGUGCUUCCCACCUGACCACAUCAUCACCCGUUUCCAUCAGGCUGUUCCUCCUCGGGGGCUAGACGCUCCUUGACUCGUCAAAGAGCUCUUCUGGGUCCCAGCCUGGGCACCAGUAGGUGCUACCCUGAUCAGCCGCCUACGUCUCAGGAGGAGCCUCUGCAGUGGCGGCACCAGAAAAGCAGAAUGCGGGAUGUAAAUUUGAGCUGCAUGCAUUUGGGAUACCUGAAGGAAUGAACCACGUGGCCUGUAAGCAGAGAUUGUGGCCUGAUUUAAAAAUCCUGAAAUACGGAAGAUGCACAGCAGAAAAACAUCCUGACUAAAAGUCCUUAUGGCCUGCAAGAACAAAGAUUCCUGAGCCUGACAUCUCUGGAUGGAACCAGAAGAGGAACUGUGUGCCUCUGUGCUCCAAGACUCGACUGAAGGAGAAGUCCCCUCUGACUUUAUAGGAAACUAUGAGAUCCCAAGUGAGUACGAGGAGGUGGUUCCUCAAAGAGAGAGUCCAGAGAUCAUGCAGCCUGAUGAGAUUGUAUCAGGGCAGGCUGAAGGAAACACUUCUCAGAGUCUCAGCGAGAGAGAAACCCUUGAGGAUCAGCAAGUGCAAGGCAAUCACCUUGAUAAGCAGCAAAAUGAACGCACUGAUCCAGAAGGAGACACAGGGAUCCUGCAAAACAUCACCCUUACACCUGAGAUGCCUUUGGGAGUGGGAACUUUUAGUUACAAUGGAUGUGGGGAGAGCAUUCAACAGAAUUCAAGCCUUAACGCCAAACCUGAAAUUUCUCCAGUGGGAGAGAAGCCUCAUAAAUGUACUGAAUGUAGCAAGAGAUUUAAUUGGCGCUCAGACCUUAUUAAACAUCAAAGAAUUCACACAGGAGAGAAGCCCUACAUAUGUAGUGAAUGUGGGGAAAAUUUCACUGUGAGCUCUCACCUUUUCACACAUAAGAGAAUCCAUACAGGAGAAAAGCCUUUCCUUUGUACUGAAUGUGGGAAGUGCUUCAGUCGGAACUCGCACCUUGUUAAUCACCAAAGAACCCACACGGGAGAGAAGCCUUUUGAAUGUUGUGCAUGUGGGAAAAGUUUUAGCGAUUUCUCAACACUUACUCAGCAUCAAAGAACCCACACAGGUGAAAAGCCCUAUGUAUGUGUCGAAUGUGGGAAAGGCUUUAUACAGAGUUCGCAUCUCAUAAGGCAUCGGAAAACCCACAUGGGAGAGAAACCCUAUAAGUGUGCUGAGUGUGGAAAAGGCUUCCGAUACAAGACCCACCUUGUACAACACCACAGACUUCACAUAGGGUAGGAAGAGGUUCAGCACUACUUCCUUCACUUUAAAUGCUGAUGAAUAAUUAAAUUAUUAUGGGACAGUGAAAUAAAGGAAAGUUCCGAGUAUUCUUCACUGAUGGCACCCUUAUUCUUUACAUACCAAGCAUGUUUGCAGGAUGUACAUUAGUGUUUCCUACAAAUAUUUAAUAUAUGAAUGACAUACAUUUAUGUACACAUGUCUGGGGAUCCAAAUCCAAUUAAUUCUCAGAAGCAGGUGUAUGUGUUUACACACAGGUAUGUUGCCCACACAUACAUGUUUGCAGGAAACGUGUGCAUGGUAGAAUGAUGAAAAAACAUUGGAUGUUGCAGGUCAGAUAAUACGGAGGUGUGUAGUUUGUGAACAGAGGCAGGGUAGACAUGCAGACUGGGUACUUGGAUUCUAUAAGUACAAAGGCUCAUUGCCUGAAAUACAGUGAGAGAGAAGCUUGCAAAAAAAAAUUGUCACAUGCUUGUUCAGACAGCAGAAAUGAUGCUGUGUUGUGUAGCUAAUUUCAAAUGCUGUUUUUAGGAACACCGCACUUUUUCCUCUGAAGUUGGAAAAGUUCCCCUUAUCCUUUCACACAGUAUCUUUGUUGAUUGUACUAUAUUUUUAAUGUAUCGUAGAUGCUAUUUUAGGAACUCAGCCAAACCUGAAGGGGGAAAUAUAUCAGUUUUGGGGAAUGUUAUUGUUAUAUUAACUGUCCUUCAUUUGAAUAAAAAUCUCAUUUAAAAAAA